AUGCGGGGCCACAUGGUGGGUGCCUGGGCGCUGCUGGGCCUGCUCCUGGUCUGUCUUCAUCUUCCAGGUCUCUUUGCCCGGAGCAUCAGUGCAGUGGGGGAGGAAGUCCCCCGAGCCUUGCCGGGGCUUGGAUCCCCUUCCUUGGCCAGGCCCCCCAACUCUGAACAUGCCCAACCCAAGCCGGAGGCUGGGUCGAAUGGCCUAGCCAGGGACCCUCUGAAGCCCCAGACGUCUCCAUUGGAUGGGACCCAGCCUGCAGGAGGUCCUUGGGUGCAGAAUUUGCCCUUUUCGGGGGUGCUUCCCUCUCUGGACUCUUGGCCGCCUGAGGAGGAUUGGCCAGUGAUCGCUGCUGCGGCCGAGGACCAGGCUGGGGACGUGCCGCCGGCGGAAGGACUACCUUAUCUCACUAAUGCUGCUGCCCUCCCUCUGGGCAGCCAUCCUCUGCCUGAAGGCUCUUCUGCACCAUCUGCAGGGACCUCCCUGGAUUCAUCUCUCGUUCCUCGGGAACCAGAAAAUAGGCGUCUACGCUGCUUUCUCCCCCCGGGAGCGCAGGGAGGGAUCUCUGCCCAGCGCCCACCCUGGUCUCUUAUCAACAGGAUCCUUCACCCGAGUCUUCCCGGUCAUCCCUGGGGGACCCUGAAUCCUGGUGUGUCCUGGGGAGGUGGGCGUCUUGGAACUGGCUGGGGUACAAGGCCCAUGCCACCAUUCCAAGCAGGAAACUGGGGCAUCACUAAUCAAUACCCAGGUACUAGCUGGGGGAGUAUCAAUCGGUAUCCUGUUGGAAGCUGGGGGAAUAAUAAUCAAUAUCCAGGAGGCAGCUGGGGGAGCAUUCAUCAGAGUCCAGGGGCCACCGGGGGAAAUACUCAUCUACCCUCAGGUGCCCAUAACCGCCUUCCUCCCAGAAUUCUUCGGCCUCCUGGCUCUUUUUGGGACAUUCCAGCUAACUCCCCCAAUUCUCAAGACCCUGGGGUACAGUGGGGGUCCUGGGACCCCUUGGUCCUCCGGCCUCCGGCUCUCCUGUUCUCAGAAGCCCACGCCCCUCUCCCAGUACUGGCCGCGCAGCUCCGGCUCUGA